UAGUUUAGUCGUUCGGAAGAAAAAGUAAACUCAUCAAUGGCGAAACUCAAAGUUGCUGGGACAUGGGGAGGCAUAAUUGAGGUAGAACUCGAGAACUGGACUCUACAUAUGUUGAGAGACGAAGUCGCUAAGCGAUCAGGACUCGAUCCUGACUCAAUCAAACUAAUUUUCGCCGGCAAAAUCCUUAAAGACGACGGCGACUCUACUCUUACGCUUGCCCGAUUGGGUAUUAAAGAUAACUCCAAGAUCCUCUCUAGUCGUGGAGCAGCUCCUGAAGAAGGCAAGUCGAUCAUGGCUGAAGAAGAAAGGUCCCGUCGUCUCUCUCGGGUCAAAGCUGCAGCUACAGCUUUGGCCAGAAGACAUGCUGAUGGGUCAGUACCGAUUGAAGACUAUAACAUAGAGCUGGAAGAUCAGGGAGGUCAUAAAGUACAAUUUGGAACUGAGACUGAUCAGAGUGCUGCAAUGAUGGGUCUUAUGUUACACACUAAGGCAAAGGGUCUAAUUGAAAUGGAAAUGUAUUCUGAUGCAGUAGAAGUGCUUGCUAUGGCAGAGGAAUCAUUCUUGCUCUGUAAUCCCAAGAUACUUGAGCUUGUUGACAACCUCCCUAUGAUGGAAAUAGACAUUGUGUGGUGCUAUUUCUUGCUCAGGGACAUCAAAUGCCUUUCAGAUGCUGGUGUUCGCCUUGAGAGAGCAAGGAAAGGACUCGAGCGUGCUCAUGGAAAGGAUCUUUCUCGUGUGAGACUCCUUCAAGCAGGUCAAAGUCCAGAGAUGGCACUAUAUGUGAGAUUGGAGUUACUAGAAGGUGUGGUGGCAUAUCACACUGGUCAGAAUGAUAAAGCCUUAAAUGCACUUAAGUCUGCCCAUGCAAAAUUCUUGCAGCUACAAAUUCCUGAUGAAACACUGUCUCUAGUUAUGGGUAUGGGCUUCCUAGAGAAGGAUGCUAAGAGAGCUUUGCGACUGAAUAAUCAGGAUAUUGCAAGUUCUGUUGAUUUUCUUAUCGAAGAGAGGGCAAAAAGAGCCCAAAAGCGGGAAGAGAAUCUACAGAGACAACAAGAAAUAUAUGAGCAGAAAAAGUAUGGAGUCACACCCAUGAAGAAAGCUGUUGAUAUGCAGAUGCUUAACAGGCUUGUCUCUAUUGGAUAUACGAGGGAACUUGCUGCUGAAUCCCUCCGGAGAAAUGAGAAUGAUUUCCAGCUAGCCCUUGAUACACUCACAAACCCACAAGUUAACUCGACAAUACAGGCUUACAUUGAAUCGAGGAAAAGAAAAAGACAAGAACAACGAGUAGGCAUAUCAGUUGAUGAACUUAUGUCUAUGGGCUUUGAACGGGGACAAGCAACCUCCGCUUUGCAGGUUGGUGGCAGCCGAGAAGAUAUAAUCCAAAGGCUCCUACAAUCUGCACCAGACGCAAACCGCACCAACAAUGUGGGUGCGGAGAGCAGUGGUUUAGGGGGUGGAGAAAGCACAUCCAAUGAAAUUGAUGGUGGGGCAGAGCAGGAUUCUGAGAUGAAUGAUGGAACAAAUGAUGAGACUACAACAAACCAAGGAAGCACAUCCGGGGAAGAAGAAGAAGAAGAAGAAGAGGAAGAAGAAGUGCGGGACACUGAAAUAGAAGAUGAAAUAGCUCACGAAAUCUCCCAAGUUGAUUCUUUGUCGGCUUACGAUAUCACUCUCGGUAAGGAAAUUGAAGCUAUAAAUGAGUACCUAGCCUUUCUAGAUGCAUCCCAGGAGUCUAGUUGAAGAGUGGAUCAUGCUGAAGAAAGUUGUAGAUAAACUAAUAAAUUGCUCAACCGGGUUAUUUGCAAGGCCAAUCUGGGUUGGUAUGCUAGUUAUUACCUUGCUUAUUAUGGAUGUUUAGUAGGAUUUGCUAUGCUAAGUGAUAUAUAAUCACAUUAUCUAGUUGCUCGUUGGUUAGGAAUUUUAACAAACAUUGGGAUUAUAUCGAUUUUUUAUUGCAAACUUCUAAAAUACUCCAUAUUUUAGAAGUCUAUCGAAUUUAAACUAAUAAAUCCGCGAGUGAGAUUUA